AUGCUACACGUCUUCGAAUGAUCUGUUGCGGCAAGAGGAAUCAGCUGUUUUGUCGAAUCGCUUUGUUUACAUCAGACUUGUACACCUGUAGCUGACUAUCUGCAGCCUGUAGGUUGUGCCUCAAACUCAAAGCGUUCAACUUGUGAAUCAUUAACAAGAGCUUGUAAAGUAUUGGUUGAUUUCGAUUUAAAAUUAUUGGAGUUCUAGUUCAUUUCUUAAGUUUAUCAACAUUCUGAAGUAUGGCUAGCUACAUCAAAGGAAUAUAUAGCUAUGUUAGACCGGCUUCCUCAGACGAUGGGUCAACCAAGAAGGAUGAUGGCUCCAAACAGGUUGAUACCUCCAGUCCAGAUUCAGCCUCCAUCGGAUCUGCUUCCUCUGAGCCCAGCCCUGCUCCACAGUCAGGCUACCUGAGCAAAGCUGUGUGUGGUCUGGCAUCUGGAAUAUAUUCUGUUGGCUCGGGCAGCGUGGGUGCUGGAGUGUCUGGAGCAAAAUGGAUUGCUGGUACCACUUACUCAGUGAGUUCAGGCGUGGUGAACGGGGCGGGGUCUGUUAUUGGUGCUGUCGCUUCAGGAGCAUCCAGUGUUGUCUCUAAAGCCACCACCGCCAAGUCAAAAGAACAUCGAGACUGAUGCACCAGAAAAUAUUUGGAUUCAAUCUGAAGAAAGAUUGGCAAAUAUUGUGAUGUUGCUGAAAGAUCUUCAAUUUUAAUGCUGACAUAAUGAGUGUUUGUGCUAUCAAAAAUUCUUCUGUAAGGCAACGUGCAUUUCAGAUUUUAACUCCUUAGCAAUGGAUUUUCCACAAUUAAUGAGGCGAAUUUAUGUUAAUUCCAACUUAUCAUCUUAGCUAUGGACGAUAUUAUUUCUGUCAUUAUAUUAUUAUAACUUGCAUAGCUAGGUUGAUUACGUUAAAUUACAAGAAUUCCCUUAAAAAAAACUUUGCGCAAUAACAAUGCAAAUCAUUUCUGUAACGUUAAUUUUACGCCAUUGUUGUUGCCUGUGUGAUUAAAGGAUUACUUUCCUACAAUGUCGUAAUAUACGAAGCAUUGCACCACGAAGUACUUAAUCCAGCAUACUGGAAACUAUAAAUUUCGGCCAAACCUGCGAGCUAGUGACGACUCGUUAUUACACGUUUUAAAGGCACUCUUCUGUCUUGUGUUAUCAUCGUGAAUCUCAAUUAUAAAUCAAUGCUCGUUUCUUAGAAUAGUAAAUAAGUCAUCUUCUCUUCCAUCUGAUAUUAGAUAAUUAUUGAUACCUUUAAUUUAUCAUAAAUCAAAAAUUACUGUGGUUUUCACGUCAUUUUACUCACCAAUACUUUGGUAAUUUUCCAUUUGUCCAGAUCUGAAGACUCGAUUUCUUAUGCACAUCUGCUCCAAUAUCAGGAUUAUAUCAGAAUUUGUCCGGAUUGUCAGCUGGGCAUAUGUGUUAAUCUGUUGAGGCAUUGAACCUAAACGGUGUUAUGGGAAAUAUCCAUCCGAGUCCUAGAGGGGAUACUGCUGCAUUUGUACGCGACUAAAACUAAGUUGUUUUUCGUUUUCUGUAAUUUAAGAGGUAAUUUACUGUAGUGAAGACGAGUUGAGCUCAUUACUCAUAGGAUAUUUUAAGAGAAUAAGUCUUCUUCAUAUCCUUACUUACAAAACUGAGUGAAUUAGGUAGCUAAAGAAUAUAUUUUUAUCAAGCUGUAUUUUUGUAAUAAAUUUUAGGAAU